AUGGCUGCAAAUCCAAAUCAGAAAUCUGCCGCGGCCUCGCAAACAAUCGACAUACUGAUGGAGAUAUCUCGAUUGCUGAAUACAGGCCUUGAUGAAGAAACAAUGGCCAUAUGUCUGAGGCUUUGUGAGAGCGGAGUCAAUCCUGAGGCCCUGGCUGAGGUUAUCAGAGAGCUGCGACGUGAAACCGCUAAUAUUAAG